AUGCAAACCGAUACUGACGAACAUGCGGGGCCCCCCCCUGCCCCAAUGCCCUAUAACCUUCGCCCACGUAAUAACAGUCAGGACAACGGGCGCGGUGGCGGACCUGCUGACGGCGCCUGGACCUUCCAGCUCUUCUCUUCGGCCCUCAGAAACGCCCGUGCUUUGAGAGACGUGAUGGAUGAGUUGAAUCUUGAUCAAUACAACAAGGCGUGGCAAUGGUUCCUAUCGCAUGAAGAAGGUGAAAUCAAGAAUCAAGCGCGGGUAGUGCAACACAAGCAUGAAGACUUAAACGCCGUCUGGAAUCGGUUACUCCAAGAACUUGAAAAUCCUGGUGCGAUCAUGUUGGCGAUGCACUUAAUGUAUGAGGACGUGAUGCGCCGGCCUCUCGCAACCAACGAUUCGCGUGAUAUCAUCAGAAUGGUGGCGAAGUACUUCAGGGAAAAGACCGUCUUCCGUAUAAAGGUUGAUCGCAAGAAAGUCGAGGUAAUAAAAAACAUAAAGAACGCGCGCAAGCUCCGGGAAAAGGGAUUCGAUCCACAACGCGAAGUUAUCUGGAAGGAACGUGCCAGUAUCGUCUCGAAAUACAGGCGAGCAAUCAACCAGGAGAUAAAAUUCUACAACGAUCAGAUCAAGGUGCUGCAUGCGGCCAUCAAGCAACGUGAGGCGAUGAUAGAAAGUUUUGAUCCAGCCUUUGCGCGCGCUUAUGAUCUGAUCUCCCUCCCUGAGGCGCUGCAAUCUGAGUGGCACGAUGAAUACGCAGUAAUGGAUCCUGAGACCAGGGAAAAGGAUUGGGAUAAUGCCGUAGAAAAUUUCUUGGCUUUCAAGAAGAAAAAUUAUAUGGAAGAGAAGCGUGCAGAGUUAUUACGGAAUGAUGUGGCCUGGGCUGAGUUCAUCUCAAUCAACCAAACGACACUAAAGAAGGAACUAUUUAGGCGUGAAGCUGCCCUGAAGAAACUCGUGCUUACGGAUGUAUUCACUAAUAUACAGCGUGCAUUUCCCGAAUUUGAUCCAACGCUCGUUAAAGGCAUUGACUACGAUCCGGACGAAUCCGGCGCCGACUCUGGAUGA